AUGCCACGAGCACCUACACAGAAGUCAAAGGCAGACCUGGUUCCGACGCGCUCUCUUGUGACGUCGACGAAGCGCAAGGCUCGUAGAAGACCAAAGUCAGAGCCUAUGGAUACGCUACAACCUUCAAAUGAGUUCGAACACGAUUACAAGAAUUUUGUGCCCCGUAACAAGUGGGAGGAGUACUGGUGUGAGUACAUGGGUGUUGAGGAGACGGUGCGGAUGCAACCCUCCGACGAACGGCUCAGGACCCACAUGUUUGACUUGGGCUACACUAAGAAGACUCUAGAAGAAGGGCUUCGCAUAUACCAUGCAAGCAUGGACGAGUUGAUGGAACGCGGAGAAAAGCCUAAAGCUUGGGGUUUUAAACCUCGACAUGCCAGGAUGUGUAGCAUCCAAGUCAUCGAUCUUCCUGGCUCAGAACCCCUCGUAAUUCGUCUCUUCGAUGGCGACAUGGAAUCAUUCGGUCAAUUCUGUCUCGACUUCUACAACCUCGAGACGGAGGCAGCCGUAAACACACCCUCAGGGUGGGUCAUCAACGUCGAACCUGAACCCGGUUCCAUGACGAUGCUGUGUGGGGGUGCGAUGAGCAGCUGGGAGCAGAAUCAUGGGAUGUCUCGAGGGCAGAUCCCCGCUGGUGAGGAACGGUUCAGCAUUGUUGAGGGUGCUGUGUGCCACCUAGAGCGCCCAGGGAUGGACAGUUUCUGGUUCAAGAUCCCCAGAAGGAAACGGCAGUUACCGCCCGACGUGUAA